AAAUUGUGUAUGCUUCCAACCAACGAUCGUCUUUGAAAACUACACCAGACAACCUCCUUGCCCCCACUCCAUUCCCCAGCACUUUAAGGAAUAAGCCAAAAAUGGGAUCCGACCAAAACACUUCCAGCCGCGACGGCCUCCGCACGUCCAACCCGCCUGGCUUUCUAUCCAAGAUUGCCGGUGAUCUAUCAGCCUCCCAGGCGGUCGUCGUCCCUCCGAACGUCUCUCUCGUCGUGACAUCCGGCCAAUGUGGCUUCAGGGAGGACGGGUCCAUCCCAGAAGAUAUUCAAGAACAAGUCGACCAGGCGUUUCAGAACGCCGAGAGGGUCUUGAAAGCCGCCGGGGUGGCCCAGGGAUGGCAAAACGUGUACGAGAUGACUUUGUACUACACCAGCCUGGAUGAACCGUUCGUCAGCGCCCUGCAAAGCACCAAGCGCAGAUAUCUGGGGGAUAACCGGCCGGUGUUGACGGGGCUCAUGGUUCCAGAAGGGUACCAGGGUUCGGUCUUUGAAAUGACCCUGCACGCAUACAUCAGCAAUUGACAGUUAUCCCUUUCGCUGAAUUAGAAGGCCUCCUCGGUUGUGGCAGGUGAAGCUUUUUGCAGCUCGCGAGGAACCUUGGUGGAGUUGAGAAAUAGAAACAUCAACGAAGAGGGAUCUAC